AACACAUACAGACAGAUACUCACAUUUAUACUCACACAUUCCUAUACACAGACUGAGGGAGCCCCAUUUCUGACGGGCCUGCCGAUGGAGUCAGGGAGGGCAACACUGCUCAAAGAGCAGCAACUGAAGGAUCAGUUUGAUAACCUAGAGAAGCAUACACAGUCAGGCAUCGAGUUCGUGGAGAGGUACAGUAAAUUCGUCAAAGAGAGAUCGGAUAUUGAAAUCAGCUAUGCAAAGCAGAUUAGGAAUCUAUCAAAGAAGUAUCAACCGAAGAAGAACUCAAGAGAAGAGGAGGAGAACAAAUACACGUCAUGCCGGGCCUUCCUGUCAACGCUGAACGAGCUGAACGACUAUGCAGGACAGCACGAGGUCAUUGCUGAGAACCUGACCUCUCAGAUCAUCACUGAACUCUCACGGUACCUCACAGAGCUCAAGGCAGAGAGGAAAUCGCACUUCCAUGAUGGACGUAAAGCGCAGCAACAGAUUGAGAGCUUGUGGAAACAGCUGGAGUCGAGUAAACGGCGGUUCGAGAGAGACUGUAAAGAGGCGGACCGGGCGCAGCAGUACUUUGAGAGAAUGGACGCCGACAUCAAUGUAACGAAAGCAGACGUGGAGAAGGCGCGGCAGCAGGCUCAGAUGAGACACCAGAUUGCAGCAGACAGUAAGACUGAAUACUCCAACUACCUGACCAAGUUCAACCAGGAGCAGAAUGAACAUUACUACACACUCAUCCCCAAUAUAUUCCAGAAACUCCAGGAGAUGGAGGAGAGGCGAAUCGAGAGGGUGGGUGUGUCCAUGAAGACAUACGCAGAGGUGGACCGUGAGGUGCUGCCUAUUGUAGGGAAAUGUCUAGACGGAAUGACCAAGGCUGCUGAGUCCAUCGAGCCAAAGACUGACUCUAAGCAGGUAGUGGAGUCGUACAAGUCUGGGUUUGAGCCCCCAGGGGACGUAGAGUUUGAGGACUACGGGCCGGGACAGACCAUGAAGAGGACUGUCUCUGAGACCAGCCUGUCCAACUCACGAGGAGAGGCCAAGGAACGUCCCGGCGGGGGCAAGAGCAAAGGCAAACUGUGGCCUUUCAUUAAGAACAAGAACAAGCUUAUGUCCCUGUUAACGUCCCCUCACCAGCCCCCCCCCCCCCCAGCCUCCAGCCCCUCACCCUGUGCUGUUCCCAACGACCCCCAGUCUCCCAAGCAGAACAAGGAGCCCCUCUCCAACCGCUUCAACGAGUUCAUGGCCUCCAAACCCAAAAUGACCUGCCUCCGGAGCCUGAGGCGAGGGCUUUCUCUCAAGUUGGGCUCUGGACCAGAGGACUUCAGCCACCUGCCCCCAGAGCAGAGGAGAAAGAAGCUUCAGGCCAAGAUAGACGACAUAAAUAAGGACAUCCAGAAAGAGAUGGACCAGAAAGAUGCCCUAACUAAGAUGAAGGGUGUGUAUGAGAAGAAUCCCCAGAUGGGAGACCCUGCCAGUGUGGACCCCCGGCUAGUAGAGAUGUCAAUGAACAUCGAGAAACUGCAGUCCGAGGUCCAGAAAUUCGAGGGAUGGCUGGCGGAGGUGGAGGGGAGGUUACCGUCGAGGAGUGACCCUCCCAGGAGACAGAGUGGUCUGUACGAGUCACAGAACAGCAACAGCACCAUGGUCGACAACAACUGUGCACAGGACAGAGAGAGCCCGGAUGGCAGUUACACAGAGGAGCAGAGUUCAGAGACUCAGGUCAAGGUGGCCAUAGCAAACACUCCAGAGUUUGAUGAUGAGUUUGAUGAUGGGGAUGAGGAGACACUGCCCACCAUCGGCACCUGUAAAGCCGUCUACUCAUUUGAAGGUCAUAAUGAGGGGACUAUCUCAGUGACCGAAGGAGAGCUGCUGUUUGUAAUAGAGCAGGAUAAAGGUGACGGCUGGACGAGGGUCCGCAGGAACGAAGAGGAAGAAGGCUACGUACCCACGUCCUACGUCGAGGUCUUUUUGGAAACGAACACCAAAGAUUCCUAAAAGUGUGAGAGCCGGCUCAGGAAUGGCAGGGCAAGCAGCCUCAGCGACAGAGCGACCACGUUCACGUUCCUUUACGGUCAGAAAGUCAGAGAGAGCGACAUGACCGAGGCAAAGACAGGAGGCCUAUGAUUCAUCUCAAUUUCCAACCUGAGACAUUUGUAGAGUUCUCUCCUUCUGCAACGGUCUUUGACCAGAAGCAACAAUAAGAGAAAAACAAACCAAAUUGAGCGCUCGGAAAUCUUUUAUUUUUUAAUAGGUUAUUACCCAUUUAUCAUUUAGCUUCUUUUGUCUCUGCAAAGCUUUGCUUCUCAAUGUACUAACUCCGCUUCCGCUAUGCAGCGUUACCAUGGACGCUGUUGGCUCUCUCACCUCGAAUGCCCCUCGAGUCCCAACCCACUUCCCUGACACUCCUCCCUAACCCCCCUCCUAAAGCACGGCAGGGUGUGGUCAGACAGGGCCGGGUCCAGCUCUGAAGCAACCCAAUCCCUCUCCAGUCCACACUCCCAUACAAAUCAAUCAGGUGGAUGCAGUUGCAGAAUCUCUCACUCAUUGACUCAGAGCCAUCAUCGCAGAAGGAACAGUCCAGAUCCAGCAUCACAUGGAGUUUCCAUGGAAACAACACAUUUAUUCCACUCUCUGAUUCGUCAUCUGUAUGACUGAAGUUCAUUUAUAGUGUGUGUACGCGUGUGGGUGCCUGUCAGUAUCAUGUACAUCCCCCAUACACACUCCAUCCAUGACUGAGAAAGGGACAGGACUGGGAGUUCCAGGAACAUGGGGUUGGAGACAGGUUCACAUUACUUCACUCACCUUACCAUACCAUCAUGUGUUGUUCUGGCAUCCCGUCUGCUCCUCUCUGGCCACACCCCUCCCCUCCCCUGCAAGUGUCAGUCGCUGGUCAUUGAGCGCCAUGUCACCGCUUAUGGUGGGGCGUGCGGUGUGCAUGCUUGCCCUGUCUCCUCCUUGGCUCGCCCCCUCCCGCUUGGCUCAGGGGGCUAGCUUAUGCUCGUCACCCGGCCUUUUUUGUUUAAGUUAACCCCAACGGCCUGUUACACUUCUUAACCAGUUUAUCCAUUCGUCACCUUUUGGGUUCUGUGCCUGUGGAUCAUCUACUAGCUGUUCCUUAUUUAGUUUUUUGUUGUGGCUGUUUGACUGUUCGUCGUCUCUGAAAGCAUGUUCACCUACCUGUGUUUUUAACAGUGAGUGUGUGCUCUCCCUCACAGUAACUCCUCUAGCUCAAAUCUCAUUACCGGAAGAGAAGAAAAUGUGGGAUUCCAAAAUGUCUGUUUCUGAAUGAUAUCAUGCACAGUAAAACAUUGAAUUUGUCUAUUUGUUAUACUGUAUGUAUGUAAUGUUGUUGGCUGACAUUGUACGUGUUUGAGAAGUGUGUUGAAGGCAAGCGGUCGUUAGCGUCAUCCUGUGGAUACAUGCUGCGGUGUUUCACGUCUCCACUGUAUAUCCAACAGACAGUGUCCCCUGGAAGAGAACUUGAAGAUGAUUUUAAAUUCUCAUGUAGUUUGCUUGGGCCACUUACUACUGCGUGUGGAAGUAUUGUAUACUAUGAUCCACACACUUUCCCACAAUGUUGUGACUGAAUAUGAGACAAGACAAACUUCCUAUUGGGCCUUAACUGGGUUGAUCCUAGCUACCACUUAAUCUAAAAACAAGUUCAAGUUGUGUCACAUGCACAAGUACAGUGAAAUGCUUAACUUGCAUGCUCUACCCAACUGUGCAGUAAUUAGGGGGAGUAAGAUGCCAUUCUAUUAUCUAUGGUAUGUUGACUAGGUCGAGACAUCUCGUUUUUUUAUAAAGGUGGUGAAGGAAGAUUACUCUCAAUGUCUACAGAGAUGAUGAUGUCCACUGUUUCCCUUUCUUGAACGCAUAUAAACAUUUUAAUUUUGUAAUUAUUUUUUAACAGUGUUUGGUCGAAGAGAUUGCUUUUUAAUUUGUAGCUAGUUUCUAGCUGGAAAACUGUUGCACCUGAAUUACAAACCACUUGAUUAUGAAACCAGUUGUUUGAUCUGCCUGAAGUCACUGUAGAUAAAGUAAUGAAAAACAUUUGUUUUGUGUAAUGAAGCAAUUAGUGAUAUUAUUAGCUUCAGGUAUGUCCCAAAUGGCUCCCUAUAUAGUGCACUACUUUUGAUCCGGCUCUGGUCAAAAUAAUUACACUAUGUAGGGAAUAGUGUGCCAUUUGGCACUCUGCCUUAAGUGUUUUGAAAAAAAAAUGUAUUCCAGUAUUAUUACUCAAGCAACAUUUCAGGGAGCAGCAACUGAAAUUGUAUCAAUGCAAACCAUGUAUAUUAUCAGCAGAACCACAAUUGAACAGUGAUCCAUCACCAUGUGGAGUCCCAGUUACUUGACAUAAUUUAAAAAGACAAGCAGCGCAAAUCUGCAUGUUCUGUGGCCGAGAAUCAGGUCAGGUCAAAGUUUUACUUUGCUAUUCCCACCCGUCCAGCUCUUAUUUUGACUAGUGUAGAUAUUGACUUGGCAGUUGUUUUGUUUGUUUGUGAGAAGGCAAAACUAAUUUUUAUGCAGACCAUCAGAAGGUGCAUCUCUGUGCUAUGCUGACUGACAGACAUACCCACUCAGAGAGCCAGUAUAGAGAAAAAUCUGCCUAACUCUCAACUGAGACCAACCCAGACCUCCAUCCAGGCCCCAGUGCACCUGUACAAAAGAAAAUGGCUUGUUGAAAUUAGAGAGAAUAUAUAUAAAUAAAUAUGGAUUAAACUAAGACAAAAAAGGAAAUAAAUAUAUUUUAAAGGUUAAGUAUUAAAGGCCUUACUUUGUUUUCUCUGCUUUGCUAAGACUGUUUUUUUUGUAAAGUCUGCCAAAUGGUGUGUGUAGCACUUUUGUUUGUGUUCAAGUUGGUAUAUGCUUAUGUUUUAGAGCACUGAAUACUUUGUAUUGUGUUAACUGUGCCAAUUAAAUACAUGUUGAAAAUAACAUAC